AACGUUUUACAAUUUUUUUUUUUUUUUUUUUUUUUAAAUGUGCAUUCUGUGUGUUUUAAAAGGGCAUUUCUACCACAAAAUCCAAGAAUGGAACCCUUCCCAUGAAUACUGCCUCCUCUACAACCCAAUUGAUGUAAGCGGUCUAACCCAGACAGAAGGCUACAAAGAGAUGUGCAAUAAGGAAAAGUGUCCCUCUUCAGCACACUGUGACAAAGACAUUUAUGAAUUCGAAACUGACACAGAUUCAAUAAAUAGGAUCUUCUCACCAACAUGGCAAUCAAAGGCGGGGCUUACCGGUCGAUGGUUUCUUCCGCGCAACUCCAAGACAGGCUCAAGAUAAAACAACUCCGGUUAUUUUUCUGCUUGACGCAUGGCGUGACAAGAUGAUAGCAGACCGGAUGUCAACGCUGUUCUGCAACUGUUGCAACUGGAGAGAUGUUUUGGGUGAUCAAGAAAGUGGUAGCUUUUUAGACCCGCCCUCCUCACAACACCCGAUACCGCCCCCCUUCAACGUUAACCACACCCCUUCUCAGUAUAAAAAAAACAACCGGGCAGACCGAUCGGAACAUCCAUGCAACUUCACUGACCAGACUUUUAGCAUCUGAAACCAUGAACAACUACGCGGUUGAAAGAACUACUCCAACAUCACCGCAGCAUGGCUCCCCGGACAGCGACAAAUUCUUUCCGGGACCGUACCACCCUCCUUUCCCCUCGCCAACCCCUGAAUCCUCUUCCAAACUCGACAGCGACAGCGAGAGUCUCCUCACAUCGCUGCAGAGGCAUACUGUCUACUGGUCCAGACCCCCCGGAGGUGUGAGACUACGGCCCGAGUUCUUAUUUUUUUCCAAUAAGAUUUCCGGACUUCCAGCCAGGCUUCCCGCCAUGCCGUCUCUGUCAGAGACCCAGGAGGAAGAUUUACAAGCGCUGAAUCUUCCACCCACCCCUGAGGUAUCCCAGGACUCACAACUUCCCUCGGGCCAAGGAGAUCCAGCCUCCCCAGACCCUUCUCAACCCGAGGAUACGCUGCUUCCAUCCAGCCAAGGAGAGACUGACACCGGCGCCGAUGAAUACAAUGGAUGGAAGCGCUUCGGGUUCAUCAAAGCGGUGAAAACAGUGGUGCACCAUCUUUUAAGCGCCGCCAUCGAAAAGUACACGCGUGAUAAAUGUUACGGCUGCAUUUAUGACCGCCCUAGUCAGAGAGAGCAUGAAUGUUUGGAGCAGCUUGAGGAUGGGUUCUUUGAAAGCAAUUACUAUCGUGUAAUGCGAGUGCUUUGUAACGCACGCUUCAUCGAUGCCGUUCAACGGUUUUUAGUCGCUCACAACAUCCACCAAGACAACCACACAGUCAAUGCCGUCGUGCAGGCCUAUCUGUACGAAUUGACGAUGGCCAAGGAGUUAUUUCAUACAAUCCUUGACGGGUAUGAUGAGAUGGUUGAAGAAAACUAUGAAUUAAAAGAUCAACUUGAAGCCAUCACGCAGUACUGGCAGGGAUCUUGAAACCAAAGCAUGCAUGUUUUCUCAUAUCUUUCUUUAAUAUAUAUUAUAUGAGUCUUUUCUACAAUUAGCUUGUGAUAUAUUAAAUGACUAUUUACAAUGAGUUUGUGAUAUAUUAAAGUAGUGUUUUUUAC